ACUAAUCAAGAGUUCAGAGAUUUAUACUCAUUAGAUUUUGACUAUAUUUUACAUUAAGAGAUGAAGGUGAAAUGUAAUGCAUUGAUUUAAGAAAUUAGAUUUGAGAUCUAAACUUAAACGCUGCGUAGUUCCUGAGACAGGCUGAUCACUGAGAAGCUGCAUGUAAACGCCUUUUUACAGGGCAUCUCUCCAGCUGUUGUGUGACUCCAGGAUACAGCAUGUAAUUGGUGUCAUGAGGACACAAGAAUCAGGGACACAUGACUACUGUCUCCUGAGAGAGAGAGCGAGAGAGAGAGAGAGAGAGAGAUAGAGUGUGUUUGUGAAGAUCAGAAAGCUGAGAGAUGGAGAGAAGCAGCAGAUGGAGGAAAGAAACAGGAAGGAUACGUUUGGGGGGGAAAGUAGUAAAAAGAUUGUGAAGAAAGAGAUGAGGAACAGUGGAUAAUAGAGAGGAGAAGAAAGGAAAGAGAUAGAGAAGGGUUUGGAAUGAAAAGCUUGCUGAUAUGCAGCCGGCCUUGCCCUCACAGUUCUGGCCCAACCACAGGCAUCGGGGAUUUGGACCCAGCUGGCCUGAAUCCAGCCCCCUCAUGGAGCUCACCAUUGACGUACCCUGCGCCUGCUCUAGCUGUGGGGAGCGUAUCUUCAGGAUGCAUUCCAGUCGGAAAAAGACCAAGCUGCUGGGCGUGAUGAUGAUGAUCAACUUCCUCAUAUACAUCCUGGUAGAAGUGACCCGGAGCUACGGCCAGGGCAAACAAGACAACACACAACCACGUGUCCCUCCAAAACGUUUCUGGAAGAAGCCUGAACUCAGUGAGGCAUUCUGGAACCGUGAGCAACAAUUCCUGGACCACAUCUACAACCCUUUGAUUAUUUCUGCAGUCUCCACCAGCAACUCAUCCUUCCAGGAGCUCCCGCAACUCUCCGACUGGUUGAACCACACAACUGAGGCAGACCUGUGUGAGCCAGACCUCAGCAUAACCAUGCAGAUUAAGGACUAUAACUCCCUGCCCCAGCGCUUCAAGGACUUCCUCCUGUACAUGCGGUGCAGGUCUUACCCUAUGCUGGCAGAUGCACCUGGUGUUUGUUCAGACCCACCCUUCCUGCUCCUAGCUAUUAAGUCUCUGGCACCACAUUUCGACCGGCGCCAGGCCAUCAGGCAGUCUUGGGGUCGUGCAGGCAUCCUUGACAACCGUCGUGUGGUCACCGUGUUCUUGCUUGGCAGCAUUGAAGCGGUUGACCACUUCCCAGACUUGUCAGGGAUGGUCCGUCAUGAGGCAGCACUGCAUGGGGACCUUCUUCAGUGGGAUUACCGUGAUACCUUCUUCAAUCUCACCCUGAAGGAGGUUCUCUUCUUGGAGUGGCUAGGCAAUCGCUGCCCCUUAGCCCACUACAUCUUUAAGGGCGAUGACGAUGUCUUUGUCAACACCCGGCACAUCCUAAGGUAUCUUGGUGGACUUUCAGGCGCUGCGGCACGGGAUCUAUUUGUUGGAGAUGUGAUAACGAAUGCUGGACCUCACCGGGACAAGAAGCUAAAGUACUACAUCCCUGAGAGCGUCUUUGUGGGACCCUACCCACCCUAUGCCGGUGGGGGAGGGUACCUCUAUUCAGGCAACGUGGCACUGCGCCUGAAGAAUGUCUCUCAGCACAUCUCUCUGUUCCCCAUUGACGAUGUCUACACAGGCAUGUGUCUGCAGAGAUUGGGCCUGGUGCCCGAGAAGCACAAAGGGUUUAGGACAUUCAACAUCGACGAAAAGUACAGAGAGAACGCCUGCGCCUACCAGAGCUUGAUGCUGGUGCAUCCCAGGAGCCCGCAGGAGAUGAUUAAAAUCUGGAGCUGGAUUAGCGAUCCUGGAUUGAAUUGCUAGCGACAAUCUGACAGCUCUAGAUUGACUAAGUUAAAUUACACUGUUCCUAAGACACAAGUUCAGAUGUUGAUCAUGCUGAUCAUGGAGCAGUGACUGGACUGAACUGCUGGUCAGAGUCCAAAAGACCAAAAUCUGAUCUAUAGUUCCAGUGAGAGGUAAUGUCUUGAAUUGGUGGCCAUGAGUCAUUGAAAUGUAAACAAAGUUAUUCAGAAUGAUUUGGUAUAGCAUAGUGGGUUGUACAGAAACGUGCUGAUUUCUUUACAGUGGUGGUGAGAAGCGGUUGUGAAGUCUACAAUGGCCAUUUUAUUUAUCAUACAAUAUGACCAGUGUACCUGCAAGUGUUUUCUGAGUUCAUGUAAUUUUGUUGAUUAUGGUAAAUUUUACUUUUGGGCAACGAGAGUUCUUUGGAGUCUGUUUUCCCUGACAGUCCACUUGAAUGUGCGCAAUGAAUGUAACAUUUAUACGAGGUAACUUUUAGAGGCAUUAAAAGCCUCAAACAUCUGCUUCCUCUCACCACCACUGUGAACGAUUUCAACUCUCCAGAAUUUCAUAUCAAAUCACUUUAAAUGACUUUUCAACAAUUAUGCAAACAUUUGAAAAAAAUAAGGAAGCUGUUGGUCAGAGGUCAUUCCAGAGGACCAAAAAAGUUUUAAUUAGUGUUCUUGUCCGAUCUUGAGUCAGUGACCCUAGCUUGAACUACUCGUGAGAGUAUUGUAGAUUGCAGAUGUCUGAUCAUGGAGCAGGGAUCCUGAUUUAAUCCUUAAAUGGGAGAUAGCUCUCGAAGUUUAGCGGCUGAUCUUGCGUCAGUGCCCAGUUGACUGUUUUUGUUUUUUUUAAAUUAUUAUUAUUAUUAUUAUUAUUAUUAUUACACUUCUGAUUAGCUGUAGGAUUACCUUGCUUCUCUCACAUGUGUUUUUCUGUUUCUUUAGAUGAAUUUCUCAGGAUAUUUAUGCCUUUUAUUCUGCAGGAAGUGAGACCUGAGCCCAAGUAUGAUAUGCAUUUCAAGUCUCUCUAUGGUAAUAGAGCUGAUCCCAGUCCUAGCUCAGUGCUCACAUGGAUGCUGCACAGAAGUGCAGAAACCUGUAGUGUGGAUGCUGGGAAGGAUCUGUUGGACAUUGUUUCUUUAAGCCAGGGGUGCCCAACUCCAGUCCCAGAGGAGCAGUGUCCAGCACAGUUUGCUGAUUUACCUACUAAGAUGCACCUGAUUGCAUUCAUCUGUUAAGUGGCAGGCUUAGUGGGUGUGUUUAAGUAGGGAAACCUCCAAACUGUGCUAGACACUGGCCCUCCAGGACCGGAGUUGUGCACCCCUACUUUAAGCCAUUUAGCUGUUAAUAUGCUUUAGAGAGUAUGUCAUUGUUUUUAUCACCUCAUCAGCUUUAAAUACAGCUACACUUUAAGUCAAAAAGCACCUCUCAGAUGCACAUGCACUGUGUUGUCAGUUUAUUGGAUGCUCUGGUCUUGUACUUAUGAGGCCACCUACCUUACAGGUCUGUUAUGUACAUAAUUGCACUGUAACCUGUUGUCCACCCUCCAUUCAUCUGGACUGGUGCUGGCCAGAUACUAUUUGGAUGGUAGACCAUUCUCCACACUGAUGUGGUCAUGGUAUCAGACGCAAAAGCCACUCUCUUACAGCUCCCCUUUGUUGGUAUACAGUUAGAGACUGAUGCACAUCUGUUGAUGCGCAGUUUGUGUUAGUCAUCAUCUAGCCCAUCAUCAGUGAUCAGUUUCUGACCACAGAGCUGCCCUUGACAGGAUAUUUUUAAACCAACCUUUCUCUGCAGUGGACAGCAUUGUGCCUGAUGCAGUUAUCCCCACCACCACACACUACCAUAAACAAUACCACGUCCACUGUCUAAAUAAUAUCAGGCGAGUGGUGGUCCUAUGGUGGACCACUGAUGGAAAAACGUAUGAUGUGGGUUGUGGACAGUAGUGAAGAAAUGCGUCAGAAGCUGUUAAAGUACUUAAGAGAAUGAGGUGAAGUUAUAAAAUGCUGAUAAAUACUCUUAGAUGUCUGAUUCCUUCAUUUUUGGAUGUUUGUCAGUAAACAUUACAUUAAAAAAUGCUUGAAUAAUAUCAAAUAUUUAACCACGGUAUCACCUAUCAUAUAACGGUCAUUUAACCAUCCAGUGUCUGGCAAGCAAAUGUUCUUAAUCUCCUGCGCAGCAGUGUCUGAUGUGGUACUUGGUAUUUCUUCCUAUAACGUUUGACCAAAAAAGAAUGUAGUCAGAUGCCACUACUCAGAGCAUUUUCUGACCUUCACUACUACAGCAAACAUUUGUGAAUCUGUCUCAUUGAUUUGAAUAGGACCUGGAACCAAAGGUUAUUUCAUCAAUCAUGAAAAUUCUCAGGAUGAUGUGUGAAUUUCAUGUCAUUGACUUCUAGUGAAGACAUUAUUUACAGUCUGUUUUUAUUGUAAAACAUUGGAGGGGAGCUUAUUCUCAUAUCUGAAACUACUAGAUAUGAGGACAGUGUCUGCUGAUUUUUCAAUGAUGUUUCCUGGGACAAACAGUAAGCCUAGUUUUCAGUUUCAGUCUAAAAUGGCUCUCUGAGUGCACUGCACAGCGUGCCCUAUGUAGUGCACUGUAUUGGGACUAGGGAACAAUUGUAACUUCGGUACACUCCCCAUUGAAUAUCAGUUCUAUUCAAGUAUUGCACUAUCGUAGACCAAGACAUUUUACUUGUACUCUUAAAGCUUAAAAUACCAAGAAAUGCAUCCUAAAAUCAGUCCUUGCUUUUUCUGUGGGAAUAUUUAGGCGCUAUGAACUUUGUGUUUGUAUUGAUUGUGUGUCUGUGUGUAAGCUCCUCUGCUGGCAGCUUAAAAAUAAUUUCAGGGCUGCAAUUGUGUAAUUUUUGAUAACUGUUUAUUUGUCUUUUUGUUCAACUGCAUUGCUGUGUUGAAUUCCAGUAUUUAGACACGUGUUGGUGAUCUUUGUGUGUUUCUCUGAACAAGCCUGCUGCCUUGGAUUAUGACAAAGAUGUUGCCUUUAUGUUUCUGAUGUUUUCUUCUUACGACUUGGGGAAAUUUUAUUCCAAGAUAAUGUCACUCAGCCAUUAUGGACCUAUGGUAGUAAAUUACACAACUUGGGGAACAACACUGGAACAUAUAACACUUUUUUUUUUUUUUUUUUUUUUUUUUU